AUGAAGGUAUCCGAUAGUUACACAUCAUUCGACGAUUCGUCGAAAUCAACAAACUCGGCAGCGUAUGACACGGAGCCUAAUACCCCUUAUCUACUUGGUGGAAUUUUACUUGCUAUUUUCAUGACAACGUUCUCAAUAUUUUUGCUAGUGAUGUGUUUCACACCCAACCAUAUUAUACAACCAGUCAUCGAGUCAACACCAAACACAAUCCUUUGGAAACAAUUUUCUUACCCACAACAUAUUUAUCCGACGAGUUGUACAAACAUCACUUGCCCAAUAUUGUCGUACAUCUACCACAAAUCGUUAUCAGAAAACACAUUUUUGGAUGACGAGACGUGUGAGAGUUUAAGUGAUAUUUUGAUGACCAAUAUCACCAAUUCCACUCCAAAACUCUUUGAUGGACUUUACGAUCCAUACUCAUCACCUAGAAAAUUCGCAAAAAACGGACUUGAUAUUGACAUUGUGUCCCUCGAAAGUGUGUAUUCUGUCGAACAGGCAAAAACGUUGAUAAAAAAAUCGCCUGUCAUCCUCACAUUAAUCAACGCAACAAACAAUUGUGAAAUUGAGGGGAAUACAGUCGAAAUACCAGUCGAGUCUGGGAGAACGUUUCACGUGACACAGAACGUCUCGAACAACGGAAUUAAAACUUUUUGUGUUGUUGGAUGGGAUGAUACAUUUGCAGGGGGAGGAUUUAUCAUUCAUGGGGGUAUCCACUCUAUGGGGUUUUACACUGGAAACGUCUCAACAGAUUACGAACUACAACUUUGUCAAAAUAGUCGUGGCUCAGUUGAUUGGAUAAUCGACACAACGACAUAUGAAGAAAAUUCGUAUUUUGACGACACUAACACGGCGACGAUGCUUAAAUGCAACGAUCCGAAGUUGUGUAAAGAACUUGGGUUUUAUACCAUUGCAUUGAAGAACCCAACAGGGUCCAGAAUGUAUCAAGUUCGGAUGAGGUAUUUUGAUGAAAACAACAAAUACACUGGAACUCUAUAUUUUGAAAGUAUUCAACAGUAUGAAUUAGAAUAUCUAUUCGAUAGAAUUAUGUCAAAAGACAGAGACCCAUAUUGCGCGUAUAGUUUUUUGUCAUAUAGCGCUUUUAAUACACUCAAGAAACUUUUCAUAUUAAUACCAGAGAUGGACUAUAAGCAGUACUCUGUUGCUUUCACUGCUUAUGAAUAUAUAAUCACAUCAAACUCAAAAGGAAUUGACAUUAAAACACUUGCAAAAGAGAAGCCUAACAAAUUCACAGGAAAGAACCUUAUCUUUCCCGAAUGA